AAAGAAGCGGCUCUCGAGUCCAAACAGAAGGGAGACCUACAACAGGCCAAAGAGUACUUACGGAUGGCUAAAGGUUUUGAUCCGUUGAUUGAAGCGACACAAAACGGACUGCCAAUCGACGCCACUUCUAUACCAACGCCUCCACAAAUUGGCGACGAUUUUGUGAUUGUCUCACAUCCCGAGUGUUCACAAACUGACGAUUUGGAAAAAGAGGAGAUAUUUCGCAAAAUUGAAGUGGAGUUACAAAAUCAAAUUGAGAUGUGUAAACGAAAUAAGGAAUACUUUCUACAAUUGGGAGACAUAUCGACGUCUUCUAAGUUUGAGAAGUACGCCAUCGAUAGUCGAAAAGAUUUGGAUGUUUUGACCGCCCGCUGGAGAAGCGGUCAUAAAGUACCCAAUUUUAAGUACGAAACGCGAACUUUUUCUAUAGUCAUAUGUAAUACAGAAGUGGGUGUUAAUGAAGUGACUGUCGAAGUGGUGAAAGCGGUUGAUAUUCCGGGCAAACCUGAUAUCGACACUUAUGUCAGACUUGACUUCCCGUUUCCUAAUAAAUCUAUUUUAUCGGUCAAAGUAUUCAACGAGACGUUUAAGUUCGAAAUCGAUAGGAAAUCUCGACAAUUGCCCCGAACUCUCAAAAGACAUCCUUUGAAACUCGAACUCAUGUCUAAAGGUGGAUUAUUCAGAAACGACACAUUGAUAGGAACAGCACUCAUCAAAAUGACUGAUUUUGAAACUAAAUGUACAAUUCAUGAGAGUUUCCCUUUGACUGAAGGGAGGAAAGCAGUCGGCGGUCGACUCGAAGCUAAGGUCAGAAUCAGAGAACCAUUGCUCGCAAAGCAAUUGGAAGAAGUGAAGGAGAAAUGGCUGGUAUUCUUGUGAUUCAUUAGUCAUGAUUUUAUUAUUUAUAUUUUAUAAUUUAUAUAUCAAACAAAAUUUGUAAAACUGACAAAAAUUAAAGUGUUAUCAUUACAAGUAA